UAUAAAAUCCCACUUCCACCCACUUCCAAAACCCCUUUGAAGUCACACUGGAAGUGGAACUCUCUCCCCAUUGUCAGGCCGCACCUUCUCUUUCGUCGAAAAACCUCGCCGGCGGUCAGAUCUACACACAGGCACCGGUAAUGACAAACAACUAGAUCUCUUCGAAAAGCACCGACAGAGGCUAGAUUUGUCCUCCGGUGGUCAGAUCUAAGUUCAAAUUAGAAAGGAAUCGAGAGGAGUCUCGGUGGAACCUUCAUCUUCAUCUUUGCUUGGAUCGAGGAGUCAAAGCUAUCAGGAAUGAACAAUACUGAAGGUGCACAGGGUGAGAAGCGAAAAGGAACACCAAACAAAAGAUGGACAAAAGAAAUGGAUAAUGUCUUGAUACCAUUACUUGCAGACAUGGCAAGAAGUGGUUUAAAAGUUGACAAAUCCUUCAAACGCCAGGCAUUUGUAGAAGCAGCUAAUGUUGUCAAUAAGAAGAAGUUGGUGCUAGAAGAUGAGACCUACCGUACAUAUGUGGAGGGACAACCAAAAGCUAAGGAGUAUUUAAACAAGCCUAUACCCUUUUUUGAUGAGCUACGUUUGGUUGCUGGAGAUGAUCACGCUACUGGUGACUAUGCACGGACCAUCUUUGACCAAUUUGGUAGUACACCAGGUGAGGAUGAGAGUGCACCUCCACUCAAUACACCAUUAGAUGGCGAACCUAUGGAAACAGAAAAUGAAAGACACGAAGCACUAAGGGCUUCUACAAAUAAGACCACUGCUAGGGCUACCCGUAGAACAAGGACUAAUGGUGAAAAUGGUUUAGGAGAAAACAUUGGAGAAAAGAUAGGUGAGUUGGCGGCAUCAAUAGAUAGGAAUAGAAAAAGGACAUGGAAAGAGAAACUUGCUGAUGUGUUGUGGAAUAUGGAAGGUUAUAGUGACGAUGACAUGGAAAUGGUCUACAAUAAGUUAAUCGACAACAAAAAAGAGGCCGAGAACUUCUACUUGAGGAAACCAUCUCUCUGAAAAACAUGGAUAGAUAAUUUUAUUGCUUCCAUGAGAAAUUCUAGCCCUUGAGGAGAUCAUCAUACUAGGUUGUUCUUUGGAAUGGUGGAUGGCAUAAGGUUUUCUUUGAAGUGAUGGAUGGCAAAUAUUUUUGUUGAAGGAAGUGAAUCUUGAAUGAGACAAUUACUAUUUUGGUUUAUAUUUGUAAGAAUGUUGUAUGGAUUUU